AUUGCAUCCAGUUAACUGAAAAAUGAAGGUUGACGAUGUUGAACACAACUGGUUAUUUUAUCUUGCUCAGCCGAAUAAAUUAUUGUCAGAUAUUGAAAGUUUAACUACAUCACAUCAGUUAGAGUUACUUAAACAAUCCUUAUCACAAGCUGAAAUAAGUGAACGGAAAACUAGUCUCACAAAUUGUGAAAAUAAUUCAGUGGAUAACUUUAUCGGGGAAAAUGAAAUUAUAAAUCCUGAUGAUAUAUUUGUUGAAUCGUCUAGGCUAUUCAAAAAGUCAAAAGUUUUGGACAUAAUUUCCCUACAAAUUGCUGCUAAUCUAAAAUUCAAUCUAAAUCUUUUUCGGGUCAUAUCAGAAAUGCCUAUAAAACUUCUUGCACGUCUCUAUAGAGUUCUUGUCAUGAAUACUGCGAAAUUUUCAUCAGUUCUACAGCCUCUUUUUGAACAGGCAACAAACAAAGAAAAUAUUUUCAUCAUAAAUCCUUACGGAUAUUAUACGUGGUCUCAGCUAAACCCUAUGACAAUUUAUGGUAUAAUGUCUUACCAUAUAUGGUGCCUUCAUGUUUCCCAUACAUCCAGUAUGCUGCCGCAACCCUUUCGAAAUCUUACUCCGAUUGUUUCCGGCUUAAAGUCCUGA